AUGAAAAUCAUAAAAAAUUCUGACUCACCAAGAUGUUACGACUGUCUCGACAGCACACAUAAAUUCAAUACUGUGCCGCGCAAAGACUUAGUAGACUUUAGCUGCAAUGAUGGAAAGAUGCUAAAUCCAAAAUUGAACUCACCUAAAUAUCUUUAUACUGUUCAUCAAACUGUGGAAGAAUACAAAAAGAAACAAGGGACAACCGAGGAAGAAACUAAAAAUGAUCAAUUACAGAAAGACAUUAAGUACAUUAGAAGAGAUCAACCUUUUAAAGCAUUAGAAUUCAGAAGAGAUAGCGAGAAGACAGACUCAUUAUAUGCGUAUUGUGAUGAAUCGUUGGCAAAUGAACCAAAUAGAAAAUCUCGAACUGGAUAUAUUAUACACUACGAGGUAAUGCGUCUCAGAUGGGUAUCUAAAAGACAAGGAUUAGUGACUACAAGUACUACAUAA